GCCGUCAACAAGAAAAUUAAAUCAUUUCCCGUCGCCAUAAUCGCGGCGAGAUUGUGAGAGUGUUUUGCAACAAAGAAAUCGUCGUUUUCGACGAGGGGAGUCUCCUGCUCCCGAUCAUUUCGGCCUAUUCGUUCCAACAAAUCCUUUUUGUCAUUCAAAUUUGAGAAAUUACUGUUAUUUUACGGUUUUUUCUUGUUUGGGAUUUUAUAAACAUGGCUUUUUAAAAUGUCUGCCUUCAAAUUGUGCAUAGCCACUCCUUGUGGAGGAGCUUCAAACUCCAAUAAAUUAUCAUCUACUUAUACUGGAGGACGUCGGGAUGGAGAAGAAAGGAAAUCGCAAUUUGCCUCUUGCAAAAGGCUCCACUACUGAUUCCAAAAAAGAUGGCAUUAGUAGUAAACCGUGGCCCCGCGGCAGUAGACGCCGCGAGUGUGCGGGCUCUAGUCUUAGUUCAAAACCGGAAGUAUCCCGGAAACCUCAACCUCAGCGCGUUAAAACCUUUGAUAAACGACCUAGGCCCCGUGGUGGUGGCUUGUGUGGAACCCUGGCUAGAAAUGAGACGCCCAGCCUAGAAGAUACAGAUGACCACCAACAAGUGGAAUUGGGUUCAGUUUUUUUACCAGGCAGUAAGAAGCAGAGCCUGAAUCAUUUAUUGAAUUUCUCUUACUCACCAAGAGACAGCUUCCACAGGUCUGAAAGGGGUCAAGGUAAUGGGAAUAAUGUCAACAGGAUGAUGGGUACUAAGAAGCAUAAAUAUAAUAAGGAACACUUUUUACAAGCUAACUGUCAAUUUGUUGUUAAUGAUUCUGGCGAUUACAAGCAAUACUUGAACAACCCAGAUGCCCUAGUUGACUGGAGCUUAGUGGAACAAGUAAACAUUCAAGUAUCGGAAUUCCCUACAUGCCCGAUUUGCCUAUACCCACCUGUUGCAGCUAAGAUGACUCGUUGUGGGCAUAUUUAUUGUUGGUCUUGUGUACUCCAUUAUUUGUCGCUUUCCGACAAACCAUCUAGAAAGUGUCCCAUUUGUUUUGAAAAUAUUCAAAAACAAGAUAUGAAGAGUGUGGUCGCAAUUCCUUAUACAUCGUUUAACACAGAUGAAACAAUUACCUUCAAAUUAAUGAAGAGACCUCGAGGCUGUUUAAUAGCAUAUCCUGCAGAUGCCGAAACCAAAAACGAAAAUGACAUAUUCAACAUGUCAGAUCAGGGUUCAAGAGAUGUUUAUUCCAAGUUACUUUUGGCAAAAACUGAUGAUGUUCUAACAAUCAUCGAGAGGGAAUUCAACGAACUCAAAGAGGAGCUUAAAGACGACAUUAGUCCAGAAAGAUGUUUCAUAGAGCAGGCUAUGGUUUUGUUAAAAGAACGAGAAAGUGUAGUUUGUGGGCAUGUUAUUAAGAACGAUCACAGUUUGGAACCAUCUGAAGAAAAUCAAUUGGUAGAUUCUUUAAAGGAAGUAGAAAUUAGUGGUGAUGAUCAGUAUAAGCAAAUUACAGACGAAAUUUUGGAAGAUUGUAGCAGCAUCCAGCCUGCAAAGUUUCAUUAUUUUUAUCAAGCCUCCGACAAUCAACACAUCUACCUUCAUGCCAUCAAUGCAAGGAUGUUGGAGCACAGCUAUGGUUCUUUGGAAUUUGGCCCGAAGACAAUUACCGGAAAAAUUCUUGAAAAGGAAGGUGGCUCCAUGACGGAAGAACUUCGUAAGAGAUUAAGAUAUCUUCAACAUUUGCCUGUUACUUGCCAAUUUGAGGUGGCCGAGAUUCAACUUAAGACUCCUGUUGUUAAUAAGGACACCCUUGAGCAUUUUCGUGAUCAAAUUGAGAUUCGUAGGAAGAGGCGUCAAAAGCGCGCGAAGGAAGAAAAACGCCGCGAAAAGCGCAUAGAGGUAGAAGAGAAUCGUAAAAUGGGUAAAUACCUACAUCCAAAUUUGCAUUUAGAUUCAAAUAUUCAGUUUCCUGAGUUUGGAUUCGAAACACGUUUAAGGUCAGAAUCUGAAAGUACAAUACCUAGCGAAAGAAGUGCUUCACCAGAUUUAGCAGGUACACCAACAAGUGUGUCGCUAGAAGGAGCUUAUAGUGGUCCUUCAUUUGCAAAGAUGCUAGCCACUGAGAAAAAAUCAUCACCAUCUUGGCCUGGUUUAAAAGCGACAUCAUCUACAUCAAAAUCACCGGAUUUGAUCAAUGUUACUGGUUCCAAAAUGAAAAUGCUAUCAACCGUUCGGGUUCCCAGUGACAACGAACAAGAUCCGGAUGGUUACGAACCUGUACCUUCCUUCAAUAGGAGCUUUGGUGAUGCUAUAGCAAAAGCUCUUGAACAAGCUGAAAAACCAGAGGAAGAAAGUAUCCAAUCUUCGGGAAAAAAGAAGAAAAAAUCAAAACAAAAGGUAUUAUUUGCAACUAAUAUGGCUUAUUCGGGAAAAUAAUUUAUUGGUUUAAUGCGUGUAGAAGUAAAGAGGUAUAAUUUAAGAGUAGUAAAACCACAUUCAAACUAAAAUAAAACCGAAGAAAUGAAACCGUUGUGUUACCUUUUUUUCUCAAAAAUAUUUUUUAAUAUAUUUUGUUUACAAAUUUUAUGUAAGUCAUCUUAUUUUAUUUGUUUUAGUAAUGAAUAAUGACAUGAAAUAUUUGUGUUUAAUAAAAUUGAUUUAAUCUUC